UGGUAAAAUUUCUUGUCGACGUGGGGAAGAGAAGGCAUCCGGACGGCGGACAUAAACAAAUAUUCACGGGGUUUGAUGCUAUUAGCGUGGCAUGACAGGAGGAUUUGGAGGCGAACCCGCUGACGUUUCUCAAGAUGUGGCUCAAACCCGAAGAGAUCCUGUUGAAAAACGCCUUUAAACUGUGGGUCACCGAGAAGGAUAAUGAGUAUUUUGUGCUUCAAAGAAGGCGAGGUUACGGGGAGGGUGCAGGCGGCUUGACAGGUCUCCUCGUGGGAACGCUGGACACAGUUUUGGAUUCUACAUCCAAAGUUGCUCCUUUCCGUAUUCUGCACCACACGCCAGACUCACAAGUGUAUUGGUCGAUAGCAUGUGGCGUUACCAAGGAGGAGAUAGUCCAGCACUGGGAUUGGCUCCAGCAGAAUAUCAUGAGGACGCUCUCGGUGUUUGAUUCCAGCGAGGACAUCACCAGUUUUGUCCAGGGCAAGAUCAGAGGUCUGAUAGCCGAAGAAGGGAAGGCGUCCCACGUGCAUGAAGAUGAUCCUGAGAAGUUCAGAGAAGCUUACUUGAGGUUCGAGAAUUGGUUUGCGCUGCCACCCGAGGAGAAGUUGGUCACGUAUUACGCCUGUACGUACUGGAAAGGCAAAGUGCCCUGCCAGGGUUGGCUCUACCUCAGCACCAACUUCCUCUGCUUCUAUUCCUACCUGCUGGGAGCGGAAGUAAAACUGGUGAUCUCUUGGGACGAGAUAUGGAGGUUGGAGAAAACGUCCAAUGUCAUCCUGACCGAGAGCAUCCACGUGGUGGCUCACGGGGAGGAUCACUACUUCUCCAUGCUGCUGCGCCUCAACGAAACGUUCGUCAUUAUGGAGCAGCUCGCCGACUACUCCAUCAAGCGCCUUUUUGAUAAAGACGCCUUUGAAAGCCAGAGAGCACUCUCAGACCCCCUGCAAAUUACCAAGAGAGGCCUAGAAGCUCACGCAAAGAGCGAGCAGUUCCGGACAUUUUUCAGGCUGCCCAAAGAGGAAAAUCUGCUAGAAGUGCACGAGAGCUUCCUUUGGGUGCCGUUCAGUCAUUUUAAUACGCUUGGCAAGAUAUGCCUAUCCGAAAGCUACUUGUGUUUUGCCAGCCAGGACGGGAGCCAGUGUCACAUCAUCAUUCCGAUGCGCGAGGUCGUUAAUGUUGAUAAGUCAGAUACCGGCAGCCGCGCUUUAACGGUGUACGUGCGUGGGAAAAGGGCCCUCCGUUUCACGGAGGUGCGGGACUACCAGCGACUGGCGACGACCAUCCGCGGCAGAUGCGGAAUCAGCGCCAGCCCUCAGCACUCCGCCUCCGCCGAGGUUAUACGCGGGGAAUGUCAGUCGCUCAUCAACCACUUUGAGGACAACCCGGAGGAUGUGACACUGAUGGUGGGCCAAAAAGACAGCAGCAAGGCAGUGAGCACAGAGGCUCUCAUGACUGUUUUUCAUCCCCAGGAUGUGGAAAACCUUGACCCAAAAAUGCUUAAAGAGAAGAUGAAAGAACAAUCUUGGAACAUCCAUUUUUCCGAAUACGGCCGCGGUACAAGUAUGUUCUUCACCCGGAAGACCCGCGACCUGAUUGUCCGUGGCGUUCCCGAAUCCUUGAGAGGCGAGUUGUGGCUGCUUUUCUCAGGCGCCGUGAACGACAUGGCGACUCACCCCGGCUAUUACACGGAGCUGGUUGAACAAUCUCUCGGCACGAGCACGUUGGCUACAGACGAGAUUGAAAGAGACCUUCAUCGUUCUCUGCCGGAGCAUCCCGCCUUUCAGAGCGAUACGGGAAUCUCCGCUCUGCGCAGAGUCCUCACUGCGUACGCUUACAGAAAUCCCAAAAUUGGCUACUGCCAGGCCAUGAACAUUCUCACCUCGGUUUUGCUGCUCUAUGCCAAAGAGGAGGAAGCCUUUUGGCUCUUAGUGGCUGUCUGCGAGAGGAUGUUACCCGAUUACUUCAACCGCAGGAUUAUAGGGGCUCUGGUGGACCAGGCUGUGUUUGAAGAUCUAAUUCGGGAAAACCUACCACAGCUGGUGGAAAACAUGACGGACCUGAGUUUCUUCUCGUCCGUCUCUCUGUCCUGGUUUCUCACUCUCUUUAUCAGCGUGCUCCCCAUCGAAAGCGCCGUCAACGUGGUGGACUGCUUUUUCUACGACGGCAUCAAAGCCAUCUUGCAGCUUGGCCUGGCCGUGCUCGAUUACAACGUGGACGCUCUGAUCAGCUGCCACGACGAUGCGGAAGCUGUCACAAUCCUCAACAAAUUUUUUGAUAGCGUGACCAACAAAGACAGCCCGCUGCCUCCGACUGUACAGCAAGCCCCUGUGAGCAACAACAAUAAAUCGACCCGCUCAAACGUGGACAUCAAUGAAUUGAUCCGAGAAGCCUACGAGAAAUAUGGCAACAUUCGCUCAGAAGAGGUGGAGAGCUUUCGAAAAAGAAACAAGCUGUUUGUGAUCCAGACACUGGAGGACACGACCAAGCAGAAUGUUACGCGCGUCGUGUCCCAAGACGUGAAGUUUACUCCUGCCCAGCUCGACGAGCUGUACAAUUUGUUCAAAAGGCAACAUUUUCUCAGCUGCUACUGGACAAUGAAGAGUCCAGCGCUGCUUCACCACGACCCGAGUCUGGCCUACUUGGAGCAAUACCAGCUGGGCUUCCAACAGUUUAGCGUACUCUUUUCCUUGCUGGAGCCUUGGGCUUUUUGCGCCAAUAAAAGCACGCUUUCGUUAUGGGUUUUUCGCUUAAUCGACGAGAAUCAAGAUGGCCUAGUAAACUUUAAAGAGUUCUGUUGCGCCCUCGAUAAUUUGUACUGUGGAUCUUUCACAAAUAAACUCAAGUUCCUCUUCAAGCUGCAUUUACCACCAGCUUUCACAGGUAGUCCUUUGCAGGAACAGGAGGAAAAUCUCUCCAACUUUUUUCCAGUGACAGAAGGCUCUCCUCACUUUAGUAAACUUCCUGAGUUCGAUCUUCCGGAAGAUGGCGUAAUUAAGAAAAGUCCUGAAAGAGGUCGAGGGAAAGUGGACCUGCAGGCGUAUCUCAAACAAUGGCAGAACGAAAUACUUAGGAAAGAGGAAACCAUCAAGGACCUUCCUAGAAUUAAUCAGGCUCAGUUCAUUCACUUCUCCAAGACCUUGUACAACAUUUUCCACGGCGACCCUGAAGAGGAGUCUCUGUACCGUGCCGUGGCUCACGUGACCAGCCUCCUUUUGAGAAUGGAGGAAGUGGGCCGGAGGCUGCAGGAGCCGGGCGGCCCGGCCGCAUCCGUAGAGCCUUCGGCACCCGCCGACGGCCCCCGGGAAGCGGGGCCCGGGCUCCCCGCCGCGGACUGGUCCUUCUCUUUCGAGCAGGUCCUCGCGUCUUUGCUGAACGAGCCGGCGAUCGUGGGCUUUUUCGAAAGACACAUGGACAUUCAGACAAAAUUGACGCAAGCCCACGUGGCCCAGCUAAAGCUAACGGGAAACGGCAAGUGAUUGGAUAUUACUGUGCUACUAUACCCUCUCAUAUCAAUCCACAGUAUUCUCCCCAGUUGCAUAUCAUUCACUAUGCAUAUUUUAAUAGACUGUGUCCCAUUUUUACGUAGCAGCCAUAUAACAGGGGUGUCAAAUCCACGGAAACGUCCCGCCAGGGGGUCCAAUUCGGCCCGCGGGGUUAUUCUACCUGACAGUCAUGAUGUAGCUCAUUCAUACUGUACAUACAAAAUCACAUGCAUUUAUUUUGACAUUGGGAUUUUAGUGAUCAUAUGUGUGCACUACUGCACUUGACUCACUUUUGUGUCCGCAGAUACAUUCGUUCGUUCGCCCCUCCCAGUCAAAAUGGAUUGGAUGUCACGUACCGUCAAUGGCAGCCAAUGAUUUAACAAGGAAGUGACCCAAAAGUGACCUAGGAGCAACUUAAAGUGACACCAAAUCACCUGGAAAUCAACUAAACACCUAAAAUCAACGGGAAACAGGCUGGAAAUGACCGAAAAAUCAACAGGUUGCUGUUGCUGAACGUGCUCCUCUGGCUCCUGAUGACAGAGUGUAGAGCAGGGGUCCCCAACCUUUUUUGCACCACGGACCGGUGUUAUUUGGGUCUUUUUUUUCACGGACCGGUGUUCUGACAAAUUUUGCAACCCAUCAAAAAUUGCAACGAUGCGGUUCUGCGCAUGUGCGUAACGUUAAACAUAGCCGCAAAAUGCGCAAAUGCAGCGAUUCCAAACUUUCCUGAAAGAAAGGAAUAUUAACUUACGUUUGAUCAUGGAAGGACUUGUAGAAAAGUUCUCCUCAGAUUCAUCCUGCCAUGUAAGCUGCACACAACAACUGCACACCGCGCUCACCAUUAACGACUUCGCCUUGUCGUUAAACAUUAAUUAAGAAGCCCGCUUCACAAAGAUACGAUGUUGGAAAUUGUAGCAAGCUUUUCAAUGCUCUUGUCGCGAUGUCAGGAUAUUCCAGAAUGACUUUAAUCCAGAACCUCGGUAGAGUUGUUGUCUCAAAUGUACGUUUAAUAAGGUCGCCGUCAUUUGCGAGCUCUACAAAUUGAUCUUCCUGUUGCACAGACAUGCUGGAAUCACUCUGUUUAUUCACAAACGGGUCACGAAUCCACUCCUUCGCAGUUCGUGGGUCUUUGAGGUUGUAGGCUCGUCAGGUGCCCUUUUUGCCGUAAAAGUAUCCUUUUCGCCGUAAAAAUAUCUCCAAAGACGUCUGUUUUCCAGUUAUCUUCGCUCGUGUGAGGGCUAAUUAUUUCCGGGAACAAAUGUGCUGUGCCCACGGCCUAGUAAUACGUUAUUAUCUAGGACAAGCGCACAUAGAUAUAUUAUAUACACAAACAAGAUGUACUGCUAGCAGUCCAAUCAAUGGACUUCUAUGACAACAUUGUAAUCCAUCCCGUAGUAUUAUAUCUAGAGUAGACAGAGAUAUUGAUGUGUUAAGCAGGGGCACAGGGUUAAUUUGGCCAGAAUGCGGUUGUUAUUAAAUUAUUUCUGUGCGGCCCGGUAGCAAAUGCGCCAUGGACCGGUCCCGGUCCGCGGCCCGGCAGAUGGGGACCCCUGGUGUAGAGGGUGACUGGGAUUGUCCAUAAUGGCCAGGAGUUUCCUCAUCGAUCUCCUCUCUACCACUGUCACCAGAGAGUCCAGAUUCAUGCUGACCACAGAGCCCGUGCGCCUGAUCAGUUUGUCCAGCCAGUUGAAGUCCCUCUUAGCUAUGCUGCCUUCCCAGCACACCGCGGCAUAAAACGACACUGGCCACCAGGCUUUGCUAAAAUAUCCGCAGCAAUUUCUUACAGAUGUUAAAAGAUUGCAUCCAUCCAUCCAUCUUCAACCGCUUAUCCGGAAUCGGGUCGCAGGGGCAGCAGUUUCAGCAGGGAUCCCCAAGCUUUCCUUCCUGGCCACAUCAACUAGCUGUGACUGCUGGAUCCCAAGGCGCUCCCAAGCCAGUGUUGAGAUACAGUGCCCUCCAUAAUUAUUGGCACCCCUGGUUAUGA